UCCAGCCCAAAACAAUCUGCUUGGCCCAUCGAUGACUCCCAUCUCUUCGAGCCACUCUUUGACUCCACCUAUGCGCACCUGAACCAGGACAGAAAACAUUUUGACGUGACCUUUGACAACCCUGCAACACGCCAGCCAACGCCACCAGUUGCCGCUAAGCCAUGUACCGAGUACAACCUCAUCCAGGAACUGCUCAAACUAAACAUCCGCCAACCGACCACUUCCGAAUGGGGUCUUCCGGAUGCGACUGGCCUUGCGCAUCGGGAUGUGGCGGCAGUAGCCGCAGCCGCAGCCGUCUACCGCCCAACUCCGAUCCAAAGACCCGCGCAGGUGGAUGUUUGGAAUACGCGACAAGACGAACAAGAUGUGUUCUCGCAGAUGAACAACAACGACAUGAACUACUUCCUGCCGCGUCUCAGCCAGCAAGUGCAGCGCGAAGCGAUUUUGCGACGGAAUAAUGCGGUGUUGGAGUCGCACGCAAGACUCGAGGAAUGCUGUGAGGAGUAUCGUCAACUGGAAAAGGAACGAAAGCAGACCGAAGCCGAACUAGCCAGACAUAAUCUCGGCAAGAAGAUUAGUUCUUCGAAUGGUCUACCAAUUCCACGUCUGCCUACUGCACCGUCGCGUGUCGAUCGACUUAUAGUCGACUUUUUCCGUGAACAUGCGCGUAUCACGACGUUAUUAUCGAAAAUGGAACAACUUCGUGGUGCACCACUGCCCAGCCCAGUCCAUCAGGCGCUUAAAGAAUUGCUUGAAGCGGUUACUGUUCUACAGCAUUGUCGUCAUCAUGAGCGUACAGCUAUACUACAACAGCUACGUGGGGAAACUGUACGAUAUGAUGAGGAGAAAGGUGAUCCUUAG